AUGGGAUUAUUAAUCCUGGCCCAGAAUAAAGGAGGCAGCAGACUCCAUGCAGACCCCUCGGCGAAAGGAAGCGUUCAGUCACACACCUACCUUCACAGGCUGCACCGGACUGGGGCUUUAACCAGAUGGAGUUCAGAGCAGCUCCUUACAAGUGUGCUCCCUGCAGGAGAUUCGUGGGGGAUCCUUGCCUUCCUGUGUGCCACCCUCUGGAACCUGCCUGUGGUGCCUGCACUGAACAGCACGGACCAAGUGACUACCACCAGACAGUCCAUCCAGCAGACGUACGACCUUACUCGCUAUCUGGAACACCAGCUGCACUCGCUUGCGGCCACUUAUCUCAACUACCUGGGGCCACCCUUCAAUGAGCCGGACUUUGAUCCUCCCCGGAUAAUUGGGGCGGAGGCUGUGCCCAGUGCCACUGUGGACUUUCAGGAAUGGCACAGCCUGAAUGACAACGCCCGGCUAGCAGCCAAUUACCAAGCGUACAGCCACCUGUUGUGCUACCUGAGCACUAUGGAUGGAAGAACCCCAGCUGCCAUGCCCACUUUGCGUCACAACCUAGCGCACUUCCGUGCCAGCCUGCAAGGGCUGCUGGGCUCUAUUGCUGGCAUCAUGGCUUCCCUGGGCUACCAGCUUCCACCGACACCAACUGAUGGUACGCUUCAGCUCCGCAGCCAGUUCCUAUGCAAGAUGGAUGACUUCUGGCUGCUCAAAGAGCUGCAGACCUGGCUCUGGCGCUCAGCCAAGGACUUCAACAGGCUGCGCAAGAGGGUACCAUCUUCUGCUGUUAUGCUGCACCUCGAGACCAGGGGCUUCUGACCCCUGCCCUUCACCAACCUCUCUAUCUUCACCUCAUCCACUGACAUCAUACGUGCCCCUCAAAGCCUAGGGCUUCCCAACCCACCUCGGAUCUGUCCCCUCCUGCCACACCUUAAUGGUGCUG